AUGUACUCACAACAACAGCAACAACCACUAACCCUGUUGGAAUCCAUUCUCCAACAACAACAACAACAACAACAGCAAGCCUCUCUUCCUGCCAAUCCGAUGAACUAUUCUCCAACAACAAGAACAACAACAGCGACUUCUUCUUCAGUGCUCUCCACUCUCUUGUCUCAAACAAACACCAACAACAACAACAACCACCCUUUGAACCUCCAACAACAUUUCGUGCCAUACCAGCCACUACCACAAACCUCCUCUCUCACAACAGCACCACCAACACCACAGGGACAAUCGUCUUUGUUUCAUUCUCCCUCGGUUUCCACAGAAACUUGGCCCUCCUCAUUGAUGCAUCAUCUCCCUUUAAUGGAUCAAAACAACCACUCAUUCAAUCAUCAUCAUCACCAGCAAAUAUCACCCACAACCACCACGACUGCGUGGAUGAUGAACUCGCAACAACAACAACAACAACAACCAUCAAUGCCCAUCCUGUCUAACCUCAAUCAUCAGAAUCGUAACAGCAACCACCAUCAGCAGCAACUUUCUCUCAUAACCUUGCUCAACUCAUUGUACCAUGGAGGUGAUGACUGCUCCCCCUCCAAGACGAUCACUUCCUCAACAUUGAUGAGUACGAACAAUCAACAAAACCACACGAUGUCUUCUUGGGAGGAUCCAGCCACCUCCCUCAUGACGGCUGACUUCCUGCCUCUGGUCCACCCAAUCACCGCUACCUCCACCACUCCUGCCACCACCUCCAUGAUGAGCCAACAACAGAAUCCAGAGUCUCAUUGCUCAACGUUAGACCCCUCUGCAUCCACAUUAUUGCAAUUGUUGGAGUCUCUUUUGAACAAACAACCACAAUGUAUCACCACCACACUUUCGAGUCAGACCAGUAACCCCUUUGAGAAUCCAGCCUCCUCUCUCCAUGAUCACCACCAACAAGUCUUUCCACCGCAGCCCUCUUCCUAUUCUCAACAUACUCGUUCCACAUCGAUGUCGGUGGAUCACUCAAGUCUCAAUCAUGGUGAGAAUGUUGCUUCAACAUUGGAUCAGGCCUUGGGCACUGGCUAUUUCCAUCAGCCCAUCUUGAGUGGUUUCAGUAGAGAGAGCUCACGUGCCUCUCCUCCCACGAUUUUCCAAGACCAUCUCGAUGAUAUCAUUGGUUCUAUGGAUCCAAAUGUAGACAUUAAUGAAAAGUUGGGUUCGUUUGUUGUUGUGGAGCCAGUAGAGAUCAAGACCAUGCCACCUUCCAUUAAUAGUACUCACAACAACAGCAGCAAUAAUAACACUCUGUCUCUCUCAUCAUCACUAACCGUGACCAAUAGUGGUAGCAACUCUCAACACAGUGCUGACCAAUUUCUCAAUCCUGGUUUAAAUUCUUCCUUUCAUUCGUACGCGCCUGGUGCUACAGUGACUCAAUACAAAGUUGUUGAAACAUCAAUGGACAAUUUUCUACCACAAGAGCCAUCCAUAAACACUUCAGCAAGCAAUAUCUUUGUGGAGAGCAAUGCAAAUGGAGUCACAGCUGUCACACGAUCAAGAAAGUCGUCACGAAAGAAAAAGACCUCUGGUACAGGCGGAAGAAAUGGCGACACAAGUGGACGGUACUUGGCUGAGAGUGCAUCGAAAGAGGUCUCUCCAACAUUUGAGUACUUUAUCUAUAGUACAAUGAUGAGUGAAGACGAUAGCGAGACCGUACCAACCAUCUUGAAGGCCUCAAACGACGACACUGACGAAAUUUCCUUAACACCUCAAGAACGCUGUUUAUGCGCUUUACUCUCCAAAUCCUUGCUCUCUCGUGAAGAGUUGAGCAAUAUUUUCAAAGGUCUCAACUCUACCACAGUUCGAUCCAUUAUUUCCAAAUGGCUUUUCACGAAAUUUGAUGCCAAAUUUCCAAACCUUUCUUCUGCGAGUCAGACUGACUUGUUAAUGAAAGACUCUGCCUCAUCAUGUAUUGAGGUGGAAUGCACACCCAUGGGAUUCACCAUUAAUAAGGGAUCAAAACCAACACGUUUGUCUGUUUUCGUCAAUGAUACGAUCAAACUCAAAAUUCGAGCCUUUGACAUUGAAAAUGCCAAAAUUUUCGAAGGAGACAACCUCAUUACAGACAGUAGCAUUUUCAACACAAACAUUAUGUUCAUGUUUAUUGAUAAUUACACUGCAGAAAUGAGAAGUGCUCACUACUUGACAGGUCUUACACCACCCAUGAAUGGAGGCGUUCUCGAUACCUCUGAGAGCGCUACUCCUCCAGACAUCUGCAUGGACCUUCUCUCCAAACAUUCCAUUGUACAGUAUUCAGAGCGUCUAUCCUCGAGAGAGCAACAACAGCACAGUGCCCCUAACUGUGAAGUUGGAAUUUCAAUUCGCCGCGACCACCACUACAAAAUCAAACUACCACCCAUUAAGGAAAUUAGUUCAAGCUUUGGUUUCGGUAAUACCUCACCAAACUCGGCACUCAACAAAAAAAUUAGUUUCGUGCAAAUCAUCGAAAGCGACACACAACGCCCAGUGUGCAGGUCUGAACCCUUCUGGUGUCGGAGUAAGAGCCGUGCUGAAAUGGAGAAGAAACAAAAUCGUGAGGCCCUUCAACGUAAAUCUGUUCGAAGCAGUAUUCUUGUAUCAAAACAGGAAGAAGAAAAUGAGGAGGAAGAAGAAUGUGACAGUUCCAAACAUGAGGAAAGUUAUCACAACGAAAAGAAGCGAAAACAAAAAUCUUCGACCGGUCACAAGAAGAAGAGAAAGCAAAAGAGUUCCAGUGAAUUUAUUCCUGACGAUGACGAAGAGUAA